GGUUGCCGCUGUGCUCUCAACGGUUCUCCUGCAAACACCCGAACAUGCCUCGGGCCUGUGAGGGCAGCAAGGGUUAUUUGGGUCAAGUGCGCGCUAAAAAGAGCCGGGGCGAAGCCCCCCAGUCUAAUCGGCUCAGCCACAAUGGGGCUUCCGCCGGAUAAAGCCCUCAAAGUGAGCGGAAUGGGGCUCUGGAGCGCGCGCUGGGGAAAAUCAAUGGAAAAGGCACAAAAGGCCGCAAAUAGAACAAGCUGCGAGCUACGCUCCGCGCGCUGAACACGCAAGCGUUUUCUCCAGUUGCUCCUCUACUAGUCCAGUGGAACUGGAGUUGAGACCCAUGCGGGCCCCCGACUUGAGACCUUUUUGCCCCACGUGGCAAUGUUGCAGCCACCCAGGAAGCUGUCGCCUUGGCAACGAGUAGUACCGGGGCUGUUUGCUAAGUUUUACGCGCGCAAAACGACAGUUUGCAGUCUCGGGGGCCGCAAAUCUCCCCCAACGAUGGCGGACGAUUCGGAGAUGAACAACAGCAGCAGCGACGAUUCCAACGAUCUGAACACCAAGUUCGGGCUGCGCCUCAAGGGGCGCAAAGGCGCCCUGAAGAAGAAGAACGUCUACCAGAUUAAGGACCAUCGCUUCAUUCCGCGCUUCUUCAAGCAGCCCACUUUCUGCUCGCAUUGCAAGGACUUUAUUUGGGGCUUCGGCAAGCAGGGCUACCAAUGCCAAGUGUGCAGCUUCGUCGUGCACAAGCGUUGCCAUGAGUACGUGACGUUCAAGUGUCCGGGCGCGGACAAAGGCGCCGACUCGGAUGACACGCGCACCAAGCACAACUUCAAGCUGCACACCUACUCGUCGCCCACCUUUUGCGACCAUUGCGGCUCCCUCCUCUACGGCGUCAUCCACCAGGGGAUGAAAUGCACAGCAUGCGACAUGAACGUGCACAAGCGGUGCGAGGAGAGCGUGCCCAACUUGUGCGGCUGCGACCACACGGAGCGCCGGGGGCGCAUCCAGCUGAAAAUCACCUGUGCAGGCAACAAGCUCACCAUUGUGGUGUGCCAGGGACGCAACAUGAUCCCCAUGGACCCGAACGGACUGAGCGAUCCCUACGUGAAGCUGAAGCUGAUCCCGGGCGACUCCGGGGACAACGUGAAGAAGAAGACCAAGACCAUCAAGUCGAAUUUGAACCCGGUGUGGAACGAGACGCUCACCUUCGACCUCAAGCCGGAGGACAAGGACAGGCGACUGCUGAUUGAGGUGUGGGACUGGGACCGCACCUCCCGCAACGACUUCAUGGGCUCGCUCUCCUUCGGCAUCUCCGAGAUCCUCAAGGCGCCGGCCGACGGCUGGUUCAAGCUGCUCACUCAGGAGGAGGGCGAGUUCUACAAUGUGCCCGUGCCCGAGGAGGGCGUCGACAUGGCGCAGAUCAAGACCCAGAUGCGGGUGAGUCUGCGGCAACCGCGCGCAGCCGUUUCAGCGCUUCUCCUCCAGCAGAAGACCUCCAUCACCAAGAAGCCGUCGAUCGCCCACGACAAGGACGUGCCCCACAACAUGGGCAAGAAGGACAUCAUUAGGGCGACCGACUUCAACUUCCUGAUGGUGCUGGGCAAGGGUUCCUUCGGCAAGGUGAUGCUGGCGGAGCGCAAGGGCACCGACGAGCUCUACGCCAUCAAGAUCCUCAAGAAGGACAUCAUCAUUCAGGACGAUGACGUGGAGUGCACCAUGGUGGAGAAGAGGGUGCUGGCGCUCUCCAAUAAGCCGCCCUUCCUGGUGCAGCUGCACUCCUGCUUCCAAACCAUGGACCGGCUCUACUUCGUGAUGGAGUACGUGAAUGGGGGCGACCUCAUGUUCCAGAUCCAGCAGUGCGGCAAGUUUAAGGAGCCGGUCGCGGUAUUCUACUCAGCCGAGAUCGCCAUCGGCCUCUUCUACCUGCACUCCCGAGGGAUCGUCUACCGGGACCUGAAGCUGGACAACGUGCUCCUGGACCAGGACGGGCACAUAAAGAUCGCCGACUUCGGCAUGUGCAAAGAGGGGAUCAGUGGGGACAAGACGACAAAGACAUUCUGCGGCACGCCCGACUACAUUGCGCCCGAGAUCAUCCUCUACCAGCCGUACGGCAAGUCGGUCGACUGGUGGGCGUACGGCGUGCUCCUCUACGAGAUGCUGGUGGGGCAGCCGCCCUUCGAUGGAGAGGACGAGGAGGAGCUGUUCGCCUCCAUCACCGACCACAACGUCAGCUACCCCAAGGGACUGUCCAAGGAGUCGAAGGACGUGUGCAAAGGGUUCCUCACCAAGAACCCGAACAAGCGACUGGGAUGCGGAAAUCGGGGGGAGGAGGACGUGCGCGGCCACGCCUUCUUCAGAAGAAUCGAUUGGGAUCGAAUCGAGAACCGCGAGGUGCAGCCGCCAUUCAAGCCGAAGAUUAAACACCGCAAAGACGUCAGCAACUUUGACAAGCAGUUUACGUCGGAGAAAACCGAUCUGACGCCCACCGACAAGCUGUUUAUGAUGAACCUGGAUCAGACCGAGUUCAUGGGCUUCUCCUUUCUGAACCCGGAGUUUAUCCAGCACGUGUAGAGGGCGCGCAGAAGGCAGGCGGGCGCAGCAACAACAUAUCUCCCCCCCACAUUCUUCUCCUCCCCCACCUUCUGAUUGGCGUUGAGCCGAGCGCGCUCAGAACACGCAACAUUCCCCCACUGGGCGGUAAGUGAAAAGGUAAGUCUCCAUGUGCCAACUGCGACUAGUCGAGGGUUGUGCUUCGUACAAUCAUUCAGCAGCGGAUUCGGGACUGAAGCAACUACACCUUAGGCUUAAACUGUAGUCUUACCGAAAUUAGUAAGCUCAUAUUUUCUUAUCACUUACUUACCUACUUUACUAUUGCCAGCAUUAUUAUUCUAGCGGGUAAGUUAGGCUUAGUUUGCGCUGUAAAUAUCGACGGCUGGGCGUUUUGCAACGGCUGGACUUACCUUUCUCGUUGUGCCAAAACUUACCAAUUCCGGAUGCAAAUCGCCGCCGGCUGUCAAGGUUUUCAAUUCUCGCUUCCGCCUUCGUACUAUGUACAUAAGCCGAGAGAUGGUGCGCCCGUUCGCCUCUCUUCCUUGUGUGGAGGAUGGCCGGGCGGGCGCCGUAAGCGAAACGUUUGGCAACAAACUCUAAUUCCACCCAACUGUGCUAUUUUCUGUGAUGACCUAUUUCUAGUCAAUGUCCCCCAGGGGGCGCAUUUAGCAAACAUGUUCAUGUUUAUGUUUAGUAGUGACGUUUUUGGCCAUUGUCGUUGUUGAUCGGAUGAUGAUGAUGACAUUGUGAUAUUCCGGGGUGGAGGGAGUGGGAAUGAUGUCAUUUUUGCCCGGACUAUUUAUUGGUAAGGGAAGCUGGGGCAAAUAAAGGCGCGAGUUGAUGGUUUUGUGCCAAUGUUUUUGGAUUCAAUGGAGGGAUUUGCUUGAUCUGUACGAGGCUAGGUUUGCCAAAUUUGCUGCCCUUUCUGAGAAAGCGGUUAAAUUUGAGGUUUUCUUUCCCAGUGCUUAGAAGACAGUUGACUCUACGAACGCUGAAAAUUACGUUAAAAUCCCACGAAAUUCGCCCCAAAUUCGCAUUUGUUAGCGUGGGUCCGGGCAAAAAGACUCCCGGAAACCUCAGUGGCCUCCGCCCAUUUUCAGCCAAUAGGGAGCAAUAGCCAGUGGCGGAGGCGCCUGAUUCGCCCGCUUUCCCCGCCCCCAUUUUUUGUAUUGUACAUUCUGGUCUUCUGCCUGUUCUCGUUUCCUCUGUCUAUAAAACCCAUUAUAUUAUCAAAAAAAUUCCCAUUUACUAGUUACGCCACUGUAUUUAUGAAUUAAACGCUGUAUAAUCAUUAACAGUUCA